AACUGUGAGUAAUAAGAAAGAAAUGGAUUUGUCAUGAUCAGUUCAGUUCACAGAAGCAGAAGCAGAAGCAGCAGCAGCAGCUUUAUCUUGUGUUUUCUGACAUCGCUUCGCUUCCAUCCCCUUUCAUACUAAUGAUUCCGCACCUCUCUCUCUCUCUCUCUCUCACACGCAUAUCAUAUCAUACCAUAGUUUCUUUCAUAUAAAUUCACCCUGUUGUCUUUAAUGCCUUUGUUUCUCCCUCUUUCUCUGCGCAUGUAAAAUCUUUGUUUCCAUCAAACGCGCUGCACUCAAAAGCUAACUUGCAUUUCAGAAACAGAUCCCCAUAAUACCAUUACAACCAACUUCCCUCCUCUCUCUCUCAAACAUAGUGUGGUCCUCAACCUCAAUUCUGAUUUUUCUGCUUUCUUCAACCUCUUUUGCCUUUAUUAUUUAUUUACCACACACACACACACACACACACACACACCACUUUUGUUAAUUCAAUUGGGGAGAUGCAAGAACCCAACCUCGGAAUGAUGGGCGGUGGUUUCACCGGUGAUGUUUCAGCUUCCGGCGACCACCACCACCGCCAACUCAAGGCUGAAAUCGCCACUCACCCUCUCUACGAACAGCUUCUCGCAGCACACGUCGCGUGUCUCCGAGUCGCCACUCCGAUCGACCAGCUUCCACUAAUUGAUGCGCAGUUAUCUCAAUCUCACCAUCUUCUCCGCUCGAUUGUCUCUCAACACACUCACUCUCUUCCUCCGCAUGAUCGCCAAGAACUUGAUAACUUCCUGGCACAGUAUUUGAUUGUUCUGUGUACCUUCAAAGAUCAGCUUCAGCAGCAUGUCAGAGUUCAUGCCGUCGAGGCUGUCAUGGCUUGCCGUGAUAUUGAAAACACCUUGCAGGCUCUCACAGGAGUCAGUUUGGGAGAAGGAACUGGUGCCACAAUGUCAGAUGAUGAAGAUGAUUUGCAGAUGGAUUUUUCUUUAGAUCAAUCUAGCACUGAAGGGCAUGACAUGAUGGGAUUUGGUCCCUUACUUCCUACAGAAUCUGAAAGGUCACUGAUGGAAAGAGUUCGUCAGGAACUAAAGAUUGAGCUGAAACAGGGUUUUAAAUCCAGAAUUGAAGAUGUAAGGGAGGAAAUAUUAAGGAAAAGAAGAGCUGGGAAAUUACCUGGUGACACAACUACAGUUUUAAAGAACUGGUGGCAGCAACAUGCAAAGUGGCCUUACCCAACAGAAGAUGACAAGGCAAAACUUGUGGAGGAGACGGGUUUGCAGCUGAAGCAGAUUAAUAAUUGGUUCAUCAACCAAAGGAAACGCAACUGGCACAGCAACUCUCAAUCGGUUACCUCUUUGAAGUCCAAACGCAAGAGAAUGUAGUCCCACUAAGGAUUCCAGUCAGAUGCAGGAGAUAGUAGAUCAUAGCUUGAACAGGAGCUGGAUGUAAAUUUGUGGAAUAUAGCGCAUGUUUGGUUUCACGAUUCCCACAUAAUUCAACGCACCUUUAUUCAGAAGCUGAGACUUGUAGCUUCUAACCAGAAAUGAUUCUAGAGUAUUUCAUCGCGGAACAAAACAUGCUAUUAACCUAUGCAAACUUUUCUGUUUAGGUGUGUGGUUUUUAACUGUCUUUGUAAAUUGUUUGUUACGUUUCUGACCGGCUGAAGAACUAUUACUAUUAUUAUACAGAAGUUUGAAAGAUUGACGAUUUAUUUUUACUA